GUAACUGUCAUUCGAGCAAUAAACUUAGACCUAAAAACUUUGAACGAGGAGCCCAACAUGGAUGAUCCUUGUAAAGAAAAGGCCAAGCCAAACACACAGGAAGAAGGGGACGAACACCAAGAUCCAACUUAUAUUGAGACAGAUUCUGACAAGGAGAUGCAAUCAACGGAAGAGGAAGAGCAAGAUAAUAGUCAAGAAAUUGAAGAUUUAGAUGAUAAAUAUCAAGCUUUAGAUGAUGACAAGCCAUAUAGUGAAAGAUUUUUAAUUCUUUCUGAUGAGCAAUUGGAGGAAGUUCUAGCUUAUUCUAAAGUAAUUGCUACAGAAAAAUCUAAAAUACGUGGAUUAAAUCGUUCAAGGAGUUCAGAAAAAUGCAAUUUUGUUGGUGAAAUCAAAGAUAUUAAGACGAAAAUCAAUUGGUAA